AUGUUUCCAAAAGCAGUCGUCGCCCGACUCGCCCCUAAGGACAAAGCCGCGCAAGAAAAACUUCUUAAACUUCUAAGAACGGCAGCCGAUCACGCCCACAAGAACGAGCCCGGGCUGCGGAGAUACGCCUUUACCAUAGAAGCCCAAACUCCCUUAUCUCAGACCCCGAAUGAGCGAGCCGUAUGGGUCAUAGAAGAAUAUGCAGAUGAACCCGCUUACGAGGAACAUUUCCGGCAAAUUCCUAUCCGAGAGUUGAGCGCAUGGUUGGCCGUGGGUCUGGGUGAAGCUCCAAAGAUCUGGACAUUAGAAGUCCAAGAAGAUUCCAGUUUCACCAAACCUGAGGUAAUCGGAUACGAAGAUCCCACGAUUGUUUUCACAGAUCUGGGAUACAAGCAGGGUACCCUUCAGUCGACGCUGCCAUAUUGGAAAAAGGUCGCCGACGCCAGCAAAGCUGAGUCUGGUACAUUUGUAUGGGGCGUGGCUUUGAAUCGUGCGGAAUCCGACAGGUUAGCCGUCAUCCAUAUUUAUGAGAGCCUGGAAUAUCUCAUCAAUGUGCAUGCUGCGAGCAAGGAAAUGCAGGAUAUACAGGGUUUCACGGCAGAUCUCAGGACUGUACUGGCUCCUCAUUUUCUCAAGUUUGUAGGAGGAUAUCUGUGGAAAUAG